GUCUCGUCGACGUCUAAGCACGGAAGUGGAAGCGGAAGUGCCGUCGGAGCAGCUGUAGGUACUAGGUAGUCGUCAGAGCAGAGUCAGACUGACAGGUUUGUGUGUCGGCCCACAGCUCCCAGUCGACAUGUUGAAGGCGGUGGUUUUGAUCGGAGGUCCCCAGAAAGGCACAAGGUUCAGGCCGCUGUCUUUUGAAGUUCCCAAACCCUUGUUUCCAGUAGCUGGUGUGCCCAUGCUACAGCACCACAUUGAAGCAUGUGCAAAGGUGCCAAACAUGAAGGAGAUUCUGCUCAUUGGCUUUUUUCAACCAAAUGAAGAACUGACCAGGUUCAUGAUUAAUGCGCAGCAGGAGUUCAAGAUUUCCAUCAGGUAUUUGCAGGAGUACUCGGCCCUGGGUACCGGAGGAGGCAUCUAUCACUUCAGAGAUCAGAUUGUCUCCGGCAGUCCGGAGGCUUUCUUUGUCCUGAAUGCUGAUGUGUGCUCAGCGUUUCCCCUCACAGAGAUGCUCAGCUUCCAGAAGGAACACGGAGAACCAAACAGCUCAGUUAUCCUGGGGACAACGGCAAACAGAACACAGUCCUUGAAUUACGGCUGUAUUGUUGAAAAUGAGGAAACGCAUGAGGUCCUGCAUUACGUGGAAAAGCCGAGCACGUUUGUGAGUGACAUCAUCAACUGCGGUGUCUACCUCUUCAGCCCGGACAUCUUCCAGCACAUCGGUGCAGUCUUCCAGAAGAAUCAACAGGACAUGUUACUAGAGGAGCCAACCAACGGCUGGCACAGAGCAGAGGCCAUCAGGCUGGAGCAGGACAUCUUUACGGCCCUGGCAGGAACAGGCAAACUCUACGUGUAUAAAACACUCAAGUUCUGGAGCCAGAUCAAAUCUGCAGGGUCUGCAAUUUAUGCCAGUCGAUUGUACCUCAACCAGUAUCACAAAACCCAUCCUGAAAGACUGGCGUCAAAUAAGGAAGGAGGACCAAAAAUAAGUGGUAAUGUCUAUAUCCACCCUACAGCCAAUAUUGACCCCACUGCUAAGUUGGGUCCCAAUGUCUCCAUUGGCACUGGAGUGACUAUUGGUGCAGGGGUCAGGGUUCGGGAAUCGAUCAUCCUCCAUGGUGCAAAUCUGCAGGAUCACUGCUGUGUUCUGAACAGCAUCGUGGGAUGGGAUAGCACCGUCGGCAAGUGGGCGAGAGUGGAAGGAACCCCGAGCGACCCGAACCCCAACGACCCGUAUGCAAAGAUCGACAGUGAGACGCUGUUCAGAGAAGGGAAACUCACGCCCUCCAUUACUAUUCUCGGUUGUAACGUGACCAUCCCCUCCGAGGUGAUCAUACUCAACUCGAUUGUCCUCCCACACAAAGACCUGAACCGCAGCUUCAAAAACCAGAUCAUUCUUUAGCUAAUCUUCCCCGUGCUCCCGUCCACUUACUGUCCCUGAUGAAGGAUGCGGCUGAGCGGCCGCUGCCACUGCCUCUGAGUUACUGUAUAUAAGAUGUCCAAAAUGAAGAUAUGGGACAUUCAUUAAAUAGUUUUGAAAGAUAGAUUUUUAUAUAUUUGUCCCCAGGCCUUAUGCAUCAUCGGAUGGCAGCAAAAUUGGUGAGGGGCUGAUCAUGCAUGUUGAUUCACCUUGAAAAGUGCUGUGAUGCCUGAGGUUUAUAUUGUUUUUCUAUCAACGUUACCGAACUGUAAAACGAUUGCAGACACUGUUUGGUCGGAUCUAUUAUAAUGUUUCACCCUCGGCGAAUCCUGAGACUUGUUACUGAUGCUCGAGAUUAGAAAUGACUGGCAAAUAAAGAUCUCAGGCUUCA